CUUUCAGGGUGCUUACGUAGAACAGUAACCAGUUACUGACUUAGGCAAUGUAAUCGUUCAUUUAUAAUCACCUUUCGGUCGCUGUAGACUCCAGAAGUACUACAGCACAGAAGUAACUCAUUCUUUGGAUAAAACAAAAAUCUGAGAAAAUACUUACAUUUUUUGUAAUGCACGAUGUAUACGAUUCAGUUUUCCAGGCGAUUCCCUUUUGGGUCAUUUGUGUAUUCAGCAAUGAGUUAAUACCAGUAGCACUACUUUGAGCUGCUCUGUAAAACCAGUAGAUCUCUUCAAGGUUUACUCAUAGAUAUAUACUUCGAGAGAUUGGUGUCAGCCUGCUUAAUUCAAUUAACUUCAUCUGAAAGGUAAACCAACCAGGAAGGGACUGUGAAACAGAAUUUCUUAAUGCCACUGAAACGUAAAAUGGUGUGAGGGAGUAUGUCAUCAAUGCUGAGCAGAGGGAGUCUACAUUAGUCAAGAUGUCAGAGAUGAUGAGAUUGCACCAGGCUGCAGCUGCAGGGGACGUUGAGCUGGUCACUGACAGCUUGAAAAAGAACAUAUGUAAUCCAAAUUAUAAAGACAUUGAUUGGGACUACAGGACUCCUUUGCACUGGGCUGCACUAAAAGGACACACUGAAAUUGUAAAACUUUUGAUUGAAAAUGGAGCUCGACCAUGUCUCCAAACAGAUGCUGGCUGGACUCCAGCACACUAUGCUGCAGAAUUCGGACGCCUGGGAGUUCUUAAAGUCCUCCACUCAAUGCAUGCGCCUAUUGAUAAGAAAGACCUGUUUGGUGAUACACCAUUAAGAAUAGCAUCCAUUUAUGGACACAGGGAUUGUAUCAAGUUUUUAGAAAUUGCUGAGCAAGAAUGUAAGGAUUAUCGCCUGACAGCAGAAUUAAAAGGGAUACCCUUGGACGAAAUCGAUGAAGAAUGGGAGAAAAAGAAAGACAUGGUAGAGCGCAGGAGAAAUUCAAAUGCACUAAAGAAGUACAAUGGAACCUUGAAGUCAGGUUGUAAUAAGGGAUCAGUAUUAAACAUGAAAUUGGAAAAAAAUACUUUGUAAAAUGUUGCUUUGUGUACUCCUGUUAAGAUGUAGUUAUUCCAUAUUGCAAGGGUGCAAAAAUAUUUUUACAGUAUGUGUUGUGCUUUGUGGUGGAAAAAUGGGCAGGGUUUUGUACAAUAAGGUCCAAAGUCUUGUCUUAAUGGGCAAGUGCAGAAGCACGGACUUAAACUGACAUUAUUGUGUUCCAUCUCCUCUACUCACACAUGAUUUUAAACAACCCGCACACAUCCCUGUCAAUGUUCAGUGGUAAAAAAAAAAUUAGAAUGUUUUUCUUUUCUGAAAUUUUACUUUCUGUUACCCCACCUUGUGUGAGUAUAUUUUUGAUGCAUACUUCUAUUGGUGUAUAAGAAAAGCAAUGCAGAUUAAAAUCUUUAAAUGUAGGUACAAAAACAUUGAAAUGUAUUAAAUUAACAGGACUCAUUAAGUUAUAAUGCCAGAUAAUUGGAAUUGUCAGAAAAAACACAUGAAAAAGAUUUUGUAAUACAUACACAUGCUGAUCUGUAAAGUGAUGCUUGAUCAUGUUUUUGAGUUAGAAGUAAGCUUGAAAAGAAUAAUGAAGCUAUUCAAUAUCAUGUACAGUAUAUAGAAUCUAAUUGUUUGGAUGUAUAAAUGUUGCAAAGGGCUUGGUGUAAUGUACUCUAAUUUAAAAAAAAUCUGUAUUCCAUCAACAGUUUGCUUUAGCUAGACAUUUUAUUAUAUUUUCUUUGAACUUUUUCUUUAUUUGAUGUUGUCCUGCCCUGCAGCUGUUUGAUGGCUUUUUAUGCCUUUAUUUGUUGGGAUGCGACCAUGCAAACUAACAACUUUUGUUGGUUAUCUCACCAAAGAUUCAUGCAGUAUCAAUACCAAUGCUUACCUUGAUAGUGCAGAGCCCUGUAUAGUGUUGAUAUUUUAAUGAAUUAUAUUCUGGUCCUGGAGGGACACAGUAGCUGCAGGUUUUUUUUAUUUUUUAAUCAGGCUGUUCUGAGUCUUUUAUUUAACACUGCAGUUAGUGCCAAUUCUUCAGAACAUUAGUUCUAGUUUUGGAUAUAAUUAUUUCUGUAGACGGUCAUGGCAUAACCUUGACCACCAACAGCAGUUACAAAGAAUCAUUCAAAUCUGAAUUGAGUGUAUUGCCAGGCAUUCUCACUCAUAUAGGGAAAUUUAGAUGUACAUUAUUAUUAUUAAUAUUAUUAUCAUGUAUUUUGCUGUGCUUUAUUUAAAGGUUUUUACCAAUAGACAAUAAAUUUGUAUUCUCUGCAAAACAAAACCAAAAGUUAAUACCAUUUCUGUGAAGAUAAAUUUUAAUAUUCUACCAACAAAAUGUUCUACACCUGGCUUAUUCUGUCCAACGUUUCGUUAAAGAGUAAACAUGUAACAACAUUUCAAACUGGGUAUGGUUUUACAAAUCUAAAUGCAUAAAUAAUUAUCUAUCAUGCUGGAUUUGUUUGAGGAGAGCACAGAGAAUUGAGAGCAUCCACUUUCACACUUAACAAUCAAAUUAAGAAAGUACCUACAACCACUGUGGCCAUUCAGGACCAGAGUCUGAGUCUGGCCUCCUGGUCACAUAAAUCUUUUAUUAGUAGGUGAAGUGCAUGCAGUGCAGAAUACCAUACAGCCAAAACAGAAAUCAUUUGCUUGAAUAUUUUUCCUUUACAAACAGUUGAUUUAAUAGUCAAUUCAGUAUAUUUUUGUAUAGUGUUCUUCAUAAAUGAAAGUCUUUUAAAUAGCCUCAGUGUUUUGUUCAAAAUGGUUGCAUUUCAGUUUUGAUCCAGUAUACUGGCUUCAAUAUACUGGCUUAAUUUACAGUCCUUUGUUGUUUAUUAGGAUAAUCAUUUAUACACAAAACAAAGUUGACAAUGGGAUUUUACUUUUUCUUAUUCUAAAUAUGGGUUUAAAAAGUUGGUGAAAAUAUUUCUAGCACCUAAAAUGAAAAAUUAGGUGAGCUGGAACAUAAGAAUUUGGACAGU